AAAAAUAGAGACUUAUAGUAGAAGAUGGAGACGACCUAACCUGACACAAGUCACCAUACUAAACUGAAAGUCACUAAGAAAUGAUCUUUAACUCCUUGUUGCUGAUUAAGAAAUACCUUUCAACGCUGAAAUUUACCUGGAAAUUCGUUUUCUUUUUCCAGUGUGUUUCUAGGCAAUAUACCUCUACAAAAAGUCCACUAAUAUAAGGUUUUCUUUAUUAAAUGUAAAUUUAAGGUUUUAGUUGGAAGGUCAAAAUCGUUUUUGUCCUUAGGAAAAUGUAGUAUAUAAAUCCCGAAGUAGUUUUGUUGGGAAGACGUAAUUUUAAAAGUUACUAAAAUAUCUAGCUUUUUAACAAAAUUAUUAUAUGUUGAUAAAUGAUCAAAUGUUAAUUUCUAAAUAUAUUAACUUCAAACUAGUUAAUAAAUACUCCCUUCGUAUACAAAAUGUUUUAACUUUUGCUUUUAUAUUUUUCAAAAUUGGUGUUUUAACUUUAAUUAAUCUAUCUGCUUUAAAACUAAAAUAUAAAUUAAAAUCUAAAAUAUGAAUGGUAUAACUUUUUGAAAAAGAAACAAAAAUUAAAAAAAAAACUAAAAAUCAAUAGAUAAUGUGAAUUUGUUUUUUGGGAAAUUAGACCCAAUAUACAAGAAAAAAUCACAAGUUCACUAACUAACCAAAGUCACUCCCUUUCUCCUUAUUUCUCUUCCUAUCUCUCCAUACAUUCUUACUAAAAAUCUAAUUUCUCAUUAUUUUUUGGUUAAUUUCACAAAGAAUCCCUUUAUUUUUUUCGUUAAUAUGUUUGCAAUUUCUAUAAGAUCAAUUUUUCUAAUACAUAGAGAGUAUACGAUUGGUGUUCUAUAAUUCUUUUGUAUAUUUUAUUGAAAUAUUUAUUAUAAAUAAGUAUGUCAAAAAUAUAAUUUGAAUUGAGAAAAAAAAAAGAAACGGUCGUAUACAUUAGAACAAAAAGAGAAUAGACUUGGUGGAAUAGGAAAACAAGUGUUAUAUGAUUUAUAAUUAUAGAAAAUAGAGAGGAUAAUAAAGUAAGAGAGUAAAAGACAAGAAUUGUUUUCCUCUUCUGAGCUAAACACGCAUUCGUAUUAUUAGUUUAAGAUGAUUUAACCAUGUUCGAGUUGCUUAGUUAAAAAUUAAAACAUAGUACCAGUACCACUGAACUGGAUAAGACUACGAAUGGAGCUAACGCGAGAACCAUAUAAUAUCAAUAACAUUACCAAAUUGUAUCGUACUAUACUAUUGUGUUCUUGAUUUUUAUUUUUAACCUUUGUUUUGGUCUUGUGCAUUUACACUAAAUUUCCAAAACGAAAAAAAGUCCAUUGAAUCGAGUGAAUCAAAUCUGGAAACGAGAGAAGAGUCUGCUGCAGGUAAGUUUAAAAGUCUUGUGUUCAGUUGAAACUGUUCCAGUUUUAAUCCUAUAUAUGUGUUGUUCUUUAAGAUUUUUUUUCACAUUUUUUGGUCUUAAAGAACUAAUGUAUCAUCUUUCAUUUUCACUAGUGAAUAUUUACAAUUUAACAAAAAAGGUAUACUUAUCACACAAAAAAACUAUAUGGUUCCCAUUAGUUAUUACUAUACUAAAACUUCGUCUGUAAUUUCUAGUCGCCAACACUUUCGUCAUGACUCACAAGAGUCGCAACUAAAUAGUUUUUUAUCGGUUGACAAACAAAAAGGACAAGAAUUAUAUUGAACUCUCAAUGUAGAGGCUUUCUGGUCCCUGUCUCUGUCUAUGAAUAUUAUUUUCUUGAGCAAGAGUUUCAACUUAAUGUGGAAGAAUAUUUCGUGGCAGAAAUUUCAUGUUGAAUUUCCUUUUAUUUUUUCACGUUUUCCUGACUCUAUUGAUCUUCUUCAUAUUUAAUGUAAUGACAGGUGCAAAACGUUGACUGUUGAAUAAUCAGUACUAGAUAACUUGUCUAAAUUAUUUUAAAUAAUUAAAAAUAAUUUUGAAGUUCUAAACGUUUUGACACAUUGAGGAUCAGUUUAUACGAAGAGUUUAUCAGGGUAUUUCUUUUUAAUUUUAAAACAUGAAUGGUGUAAAAAAAAUGAAAUCAUAUUUCAAAAAGUGAAUGCAUGAAAAACUUAUGCACCAAAGAUGAUGAUCUACAUAUUUUUCUAUAAACUUGUAGCAUUAUUAAUUUAUUGCUCUCACAAUCAAAUCAUAUAUUUUCCAUGAUUCAGUUUAGUUUAACAAAUUCGUAUCACUAGCGUUCUCACAUACAAUUACACAAUUAUUAAGCUUAUAGAAUUGUAAAAAAAAAACAAUUAUUUCUUUCCUGAUUCCUAUUCUAUAUCAUUACAUUUCUCAUAUAUUUUACGUGUAUUAUUAUUCUACGUAGCACGGUUCACACGGUAAGGUCUGAGUCUAGUAUUCAAUCAAACAUAUAAAAUUGUGUUCCUCGCUAAGACUUUUAUAGAGUCAAAAUAUCAUCUAAACAAUCUCUGCUUUCCAAACCGAAUAUUUUAGUUAUUUUAUCGCUAUAUAUAUGACCAAGUAUUCACUCUAUAUUCUCAUCUGAAUUAGAGAGAAGCAAACAUGAAGCCAAUAUCCAACAACAACGAGAGAUGGGAGGAGAAGCUGAAAGAUUUAACUUUCAACGUGAAGGAAAUACAAGACAAACUUUUGGAAGAGAUACUCACACCUAACCUAAAAACUGAGUACCUCCAACGUUUUCACAUGGAUAGGUUUGAUAAACAGCUCUUCAAGAAGAACGUACCGGUGGUGACCUAUGAAGAUAUUAAGCCUUACAUUGAUCGUGUCGUUAAUGGAGAGUCAUCAGCUGUCAUAUCAGCCCGCCUUAUUACCGGUUUCUUGUUAAGUUCGGGAACUUCAGGAGGUGCACAAAAGAUGAUGCCAUGGAACCACAAGUACUUAGACAAUUUAACAUUCGCAUACGAUCUUCGUAUGCACGUUAUAACCAAGCAUGUGAAAGGUUUGGAGGAAGGAAAAGGAAUGAUGUUUCUUUUCACUAAACAAGAAGCCAUUACUCCUUCUGGCUUGCCUGCUCGUGUCGCAACCAGCAGCUAUUUCAAGAGCGACUAUUUCAAGAACCGACCAUCUAACUGGUAUUACUCGUACACAAGCCCUGAUGAAGUCAUAUUAUGUUCUAACAACACACAAAGUCUCUAUUGCCAUUUGCUAUGUGGCUUGCUCCAAAGAGACGAGGUUGUGAGAAUGGGUUCCAUCUUCGCUUCAGUCAUGGUCCGAGCAAUCAAGUUUCUUGAAACUUAUUGGGAAGAGUUGUGUUCAAACAUCAGAUCAGGCCAUCUCAGCGAGUGGAUCACAGACCGCGGUUGUCGAAGUUCGGUGUCUUUAGUCCUUGAAGGGCCACGUCCAGACCUAGCAGACACAAUUGAAACAAUAUGCAACAAGAACUCUUGGGAAGGUAUAGUCAAAAGACUCUGGCCAAACACCAAGUAUAUUGAAACCGUUGUUACUGGUUCAAUGGGACAGUACGUUCCCACGUUGAACUAUUACUGCAGCGACUUGCCUCUCGUGUCAACAACGUACGGUUCUUCGGAGACCACGUUCGGGAUUAACGUAGAUCCUCUAUGCAAACCUGAAGAUGUUUCUUACGCUUUCAUGCCUAACAUGUCUUACUUUGAGUUCAUAACAAUGGAUGGAGACAAGCGCGAUGUGGUUGACCUUCAAGAUGUGAAACUUGGGUGCACUUAUGAACCAGUAGUCACCAACUUCUCCGGAUUGUAUAGAAUGAGAGUGGGAGAUGUUCUUGUGGUGACUGGUUUCUACAACAACGCGCCUCAGUUUAAGUUUGUAAGAAGAGAGAACGUGGUCUUAAGCAUCGAUAGUGAUAAAACCAACGAAGAAGAUUUGUUUAAGGCAUUGAGUCAAGCGAAGCUCGUUCUGGAGUUAUCUGAUCUCAUUCUGGUGGACUUCACCAGCUAUGCUGACACCUCAACAUUUCCGGGUCACUACGUGAUUUACUUAGAAAUAAAGGAAAAAAAGGGAGAGAACAAGAAGAAUAAUGUGGAGCUCAGUGAAGAGGUGUUCUCAAAGUGUUGUUCAGUGAUGGAGGAUUCGCUUGACAAUGUUUACAAGAGGUGUCGGUUCAAAGACGGUUCGGUUGGGCCUCUGGAGAUAAGAGUGGUGCGUCAAGGGAUGUUUGAUUCACUCAUGGACUUCUUCAUCUCACAAGGUGCUUCCAUAGGUCAGUACAAGACUCCUAGAUGCAUUAAAUCAGUAAAGGCCUUGGAAUUUAUGGAGGAGUGUGUGGUUGCCAGGUUCUUUAGUACUUGAAAUUGUUGUUUCUUUGAUUAUAGGUCCAAGAUUUGCUUAUAAAUAUGUUUGUUGGGGGAUGUAUAGAAUGGUGUUGCGGUAGUAUUGUAUUUGUACAUGUGCCUAUGCUGUGUACUAGUUUGUCUGAAUGGGAAGUGUCUUGAUAAAAAGUAAAAACAAAACAAUAUCGAAGGUGGAAAUGGAUGUAUAGAAUGGUGUUGCGGUAACAGGCUUUGUACACACACAAAAAGUAUCAGGCUUUAAUAAAGCCCAAUUAGCUUUUAAAUGAAACCCAAAGCCUUCUUUAACACUUAAGUAAUCACAACCGUUGAUCAAAAAAAAAAGUAAUCACAACCAAAGAGUUUAGACUUUAGAGAACAAUCCGUUUUACAGUUUCGUUUCGGUUCAGUAUAUUUAUUUUUCAGAUUUUUAUAUGUAUUUGACGUUCUAGAGAAUCUUUAAAAAUGUUUUAACCGAAAAUAAAUAAAAUUGUUUGUAAUUUGAUUGGUUUUUGGGUUCGGCUUGAUGUUGUUACGGUUUGGUCGAUAUACUUUCUCUUUCGAAACUAAACAAUAUACAUGACAAAUACUCUAGUAACAUUUCUAUUUACAUGAUUACAUCUAUAUUUAAUAUGUAUAUUUAAGAUAAAGUUUAAUGAAAUUUAAAUUUAUUAUGAUUAGUUUAUUUUUGGGUAUAUCCGUAUAUGUUAAAUUAAUUCUACAACUGAGUUAAAUUUUUAAACUUAUAGAUAAAAUACAAAUAGAAGUGUUUUUUUAUCGGUUUGGUUUGAUUUGUCCUUAGUUAUUUUUACUCAGUUUUCUAUUUAAAAAACAUCUUAAAUAUAAUUUACGAAUCAGUACGAUAACAUGUAUUAUGAUGAUAUACACUAAACAGAUAUAAAAUUUUAAUAAAUUUGUUGAUCAAGAAAAAGUUUUGUAAAAAAAAAUGUUUUGUAGAUUUGAUUGUAUUUUUAUUGGAUGUGGCUCGGUAGUACUCGAAUGGUAUUUGGUUCAGCUUUGGUUGUUUCUUUCUAUAUUUAAAAUUUUAAAUAUUAGUUAAUAAAUAUUAAUUUGAUUUGAUUGGAUUUGACUAUUUGAGUAAUAUCGAAUUGUGUUAAUCGUGGAGAAAGAAGAAGCGGAUUUUGAGAUUUCGACUGGGACGGGUUCCAUUAUAUAUAAUUUAGUUAUUUUAUUUCAUUUUCUCUUCUGGCCAUUUUUGGAUUCACGAAUCACGCCGCUUUUGUUCCUUUUCAAAAAAAUAAAAUUGCCUUUGUUUCUCUUUUACUUUGCGUCAUCAACCUCGGAUAUGUUCUCUUUAACUUCACAAGGAAAACUACAAAUAUGCACAUAGUAAGAUCGAAAUAGAAUUCGAAUUUCAGGUGGUUUUUGUUCAUAACAUUUGACUUAUUGUGAUAUGGCUGAGCGAUAAUAUCGUGAUAUCAUUACAAAAAUCAGUGGUUUUAAUUAUGCUAUAUUUAUGAAGAAAUCAUAUACUAUCUCUAUUUCUGCAGAGCAGUCGUUUCCAUUGUGUUAUGGCACAAUGUCCUCCCCCUCGUUUUCUCUUUGUGUUUGAAAGCUGUAAUGUGUGUUUCUCUUCUUUGUGCAUUUUUGUACUCCCCUUAAAUAAUAUAGAUGAAAACCUUUAAAAAAAGAAAACAAAUCAAAUACUAUAAACAGUUACCGGUAAAACAAACAUAACAAAUCAUAUAUAUGUACCAUAUGUGAAUAUCCGCUC